AUGGCGCAGCAGUGCACGGGCUUAGGCAUGGCACAGUCGCUGAGCUUUUUCUCGUCUCUAAGGAAGAGCGACAGUGACGAGAACGACGACGGCGCUAAUGCGUGCGCGAUAUGUCUUGAAACGAUGACAGGCGAUCUAGCGGCUCUGUCGUGCGGCCACGUUUUCCACCACAUGUGUGUCAAACAAGCGCUAGCCGGGCGUUCCGUGUGUCCUGUUUGUCGAUGCAAAGCUAGUCCCCGAGGCGCGAUCCGAUUGUACUUGUGUGUUGGCACUCGUCAGAAAAAAGGCAGCAAACACAAGCUUCAGUCCCGCAGCAACCGGCAAGUUGACCGGGAAGACGUGCGUCAAAAUGGGACAGCUACAAGUGCAUCGGAACUGCCCGAGCGUAUGAGAAAGAUGCGCGUCGAGUUGGACCGUGUCAACGAGAUGCAGCGCAUGACGUCGAGCCAUUCAUUCCGACUGGAGAACGAAUUAGUGCGUCGACAACAGCAGCAAGAGCGGACGGUGCGGCAGAUGCAGCACAUUCAGCACGAAUUGGACAGGGCGAACGUGAAGUUGAAGCGAUUGGAACGGCUCGCCAACUCAAGCUACUCCCAGUGCAGAGAGGCAACGCACGCUAGCGUCGAGUUUGAGCGCAAGGUCCGCACCAGCGCGGACCGGAUACUGGAAUCGAUACGACGGUCCCGGCGCUCUUGCUGUCCAAGCUGCGCCAGCCAGUGGGUCGAGAUGAAACGUGUAGCGCAGGAGUUUGCUGCCCCACUCGGAGCCCGGUCGUGUUGUUCGCGUCAUUUCCGUCGCGAUGCCAUCACAAACGUCGAGCACCGACUUACACGGCACCACUGCCACCUGGAGCCAUGCAGCAGGAGCGUUUGA